AUAUUAUUUACUUUGAGAUGGCCCCGUUGUAGUUUCAACGCAAUUAAUCAUUCCUGUGAAAAACGUCGACGGUCACGUUAUAAUAGACAGUUGUAUUAUUACGUCAUUUUAUACGAUAACGUGGUACUACAGUGUACUAAACUAGCACAGUGCAAUCAUUGAGAUGUCAUUUCGUCAUAUUGAUUUGAGAUACUAACAGUUCCACUUAUGUUGUUAUCUCCUAAAUAGAUAGCAAAGUUGUGCGUUUGAAGGAGUAAUUAAGGAAUACACAUGUUAACUUGCUCCACAUCCGGGAACGUACGGAAUUUAUCAGAAGUGACACGUGACUUACCCAUGACGUCAUGAUGAGAAGUGUUAGGAUACUAUGUCUUCCAGUAGCCUCACAUUCCGGUUUAUUAUUAUAUUGUCAUGCUUGACAAUACUCAAUAUGACAUUUAUUGGACUAUCUUGGCACCAGAAAUCUCGACAGAUCCUGGCAUGUACGGUGGACAGUGUGAUAGAUGGCGCUGCGAAGUAUAUCCGUCAAAAUGGCGCACUUUCAUUUGAAGAUACGUUACCAGAAUCAUGCCGAAAACUUGAAGAAAAAGUAGACACCUUAGAAUCCUUCAAUAAUGCCAUAAAAGAUAUAUUCAAAUCUUGUACAAUUAGCAAAGCAAAUCGUCUGGCUAAGAUACAUGACUCAUACCCAGUGAUCACCUUGUUUACAACAUGGACACCAGAUGUAUCGAAAGAUCGGCUACAUACAUUAACAUUGCAGAAUUGGGCAAAUCUUUCACCAAAAAUACAAGUUGUGGUCUUUACCAAUUCCAGUGAUGAUAAAAAAUUAGCAAAAUUAUUUGGCGCCAAAACUUUGCCCAUCUUACGUCACGGAGGCGGCGGUGCUCCAGUAUUGAAGUGGAUGUUCCAAACAGUGAUGAAAAAGUAUAAUACUUCAAAAUUAUUUGGUUAUGUUAAUGCAGAUAUCAUGUUUACAAAGAAACUAACACAUACACUUGAAGGUAUAUUAAACAUAAAGGAUAUGUCCAAACCAAUUUUUCUAGUCGGACGACGUGUUAACGUCGAUGUGAAUAUUCUUCUGAAUGCAACGGAUUUAUUUUCUAAUCUGGAAAAAAUAUCUAAAGAAAAUGGAGUAUUGUUUGGUGCUAAUGCUGAGGAUUAUUUUAUAACAAACGCGGCUUUUCCAUGGGAGGAAAUUGUUGAUGUAGUUAUUGGACGUCUCGCUUAUGAUAAUUGGAUUGUUGGUCACGUGAUAUGUGGUAUGAACAUUGACGUCAUAGAUCUCACUGAAACCGUGCUGGCUGUGCACCAGACGACGAAAAAAGGCGGGAAUUAUGAGGGCUUUAAAAAUAAACAUGCUCAUUAUAAUAAUGCACUUUUCAAAAAGUUAAAAAUCAUUCCAAUUUUUGACACCGGUUUUACAAUUUGUUCUCAGGAAUUGACAAAGUAUAAUUUAUGUGAUGAUAUUCAGGUUAUUAAAAGAGAGACAUUCUGGGAGAAAUGUAAAUGUCCAACCAAAGUGUUGUUUUAAUUCACAAAUGAUACAUGUUGUUUAGUAUAUAAUAAUUUAAAAAGUGACUUACGUUUGGAUUUAAAAGUUAGCAAUAAGAAGAUACAGUGUCUUCGUUGGUUAUGUGUAGUUAGAAUAGAACAUGUAAUAUGCUGGAAUUAAAGCUUCUGUUUCAUAAUGCCAUUAGUAAUGUUCUAAUUUAUAAACGUUCCGAGUUGUUUAACACUUUGGGACACUUGUUGUCACUGAGCUAAUACACCAUACUGUUACUGAUAAACUUAUGUACCUAGUAAAUACUUCAUACCCAGAUAAAAUAAUACUUGAUACUUAAAUUGAUACGAGGAAGGUAUAAAUGUCUGACCGUACAAUAACUCUCUGAAAGAGGUUGCUAUUGUUUUACUUGUUGUCACUGAGUAGAUAUAAUGAAAGUAAAACCACAACAAUCUUCAUCUUUAAUGACAGUUGCCAGCCUAUUCUUGUCCGCAUGUAGUUGUCAGCAUGUAGUUGUCAGCAUGUAGUUGUCAGCAUGUAGUUGUCAGUAAGCUGACAUGUACAACACAUUCUAUUGUGAAAGAGAAGAUAUUAAACAAAGGAAGAAGACAGGACAAUGUAGCUAUAAUUCUUUUGUAUAAAUACAGUUUAAGGCAAUAGGAAGGAAAUGCCAUAUAUAGGUUAUACAGAAUGUUCCGUAUAAUACGGAAAUUGUUAUAAUUAGUUGACAUUGUCAUUGUAUGAC